AUGGCAGCCAACUCUGUCACAGAUUCAAAUGCUGCCACUACACAAGGUCACAACUUUCCUCCAGUCCGAGCAUGUAUAUUCGAUAUGGACGGUCUUCUGAUAGACAGCGAGGACGCGUACACAAGAGUCACCAACAUCAUUCUCAACGAAAAUGGCCGUCCAGAUCUUCCCUGGUCAAUCAAAGCACAAUUGCAGGGACGACCCGGUCCUUCAGCUGGAAAGAUCUUCCGAGCGUGGGCUCAACUGCCCAUCACCGAGGAAGCGUUUCUAGAACGGCAGAGAGAGCUGCAACGAGACAUGUUCAAGCACUGCAAACCUCUUCCUGGUGUGGUAGACAUGCUGAACAGUCUAGCUGCUGCACACACUGACGCCGACCCGACAUCGAGCCAUGGAAGAAAUUAUGACAUCAAGACUGCUCACAUGAAAGAAAUGUUCACCGUCUUUCCUGAGAAACAGAAAAUCGUGGGCGACGACGAGCGUAUACCGAAAGGGAGAGGGAAGCCAUUGCCCGAUAUCUAUUUGUUAGCUUUGCAGACGAUCAAUGAGCAAAUAAGGAGCGAGGGUGCGAAUGAAAGAGAUAUUCUGCCAGGGGAAUGCUUGGUUUUUGAGGACAGUGUGCCAGGAGCGGAGAGCGGACGAAGAGCAGGUAUGAGAGUGGUUUGGGUGCCGCAUCCUGGUCUGCUCGAUGUGUAUAAAGAUCGCGUCGAAGAAGUGCUUGCUGGUCGGACAGGUGAGCACGACGAGAAUGACUCGACACAUCAUGGCAGCGAACCAUUACCUGGCAGUCCUGGUAAGGUUGGCGAGCUGAACGAUGGCUGGGGCGAGAGACUGAACUCACUGGAGGACUUCGAUUACCGCAAGUACGGCAUCGUUGUCAGGGCUGGAGAGACAAGCGGCAGAAGUGGUCAGGACAGCAAGCCAGACCAAGGAGGGCACGAGGACAACCUAACGCCCGUGCCUGUCUUCGAAAAACCUCCAGCUUCGAAAUUAUCAUAG